AUGAAGUUGUUCGUGAUAUUCCUCAGUGCUGUAGCAGUGGCUUCUACCAGCCCUGUAGCGCAAGAAGAUUCAGUGAUCAAAUUGGUUGCGGGAAAUUUUGUGAAUUGCAUGAAUAGUGAUUUAAGUUUGUGCUUAAAGGAACAUGCACUCAAAGCAGCUGAAAGACUAGGAACUGUUCGCAAAUUGAACAUAAUCGAAGGAGUAACUCUUUACAAUAACGUUCCCAAAGAAGGCAGAAGUUUUGAGCCUCUUUCUACUGAGCCAGAAACCAGGAAUAAGCAGAUCACUGAAAGAUUGUGGGAAAGUACUACCGAUCUUCUUCAGAAAAGUGACUUAGAGCUAAGCUUCAACGGUGGUGAGGAAGAAGAAGAAGAAGAAUCUAGAGCUAUUGGAGAUGUUGACGAAGGCCGUGGCAAGAAGAAGAAGCAGCUAAAGAAGAAAUUGAAACUGCUCAUCCCUCUCGUGAUUUUAGCUAAAGUUAAAGCUGUUGUACUUGUUAUACUCUCCUUAUUGGUCAUUGCGGCCUCUAUAUUCAAACUCGCUGUUUUGGCAAAGAUCGCUUUCAUCGCCAAGGUCAUCGCCAUCAUCAAAGCUCUUCUGGCUAAGAAGCAUGCUCAUCAAGAAGAACAUAUUUGGGCUACUCCCCAUGAAGAGCACGGCCAUCAAAGUGCUGGAUGGGAAGGAGGCUGGUCUCGUUCAAGGAAUGAAGCCAACAAUCUCGCUUAUUCUGCCUAUCAAAAG